GGCAGGUUUAUAACCGCGGGGUAUCAGCUGACGCUCUGCAUUGCAGACUGCGAAGUCAAACGGCGCCAUGUGUUCUCUCUUCGUCCUGGCCAGCCUCCUGGGCGCGGCUGUCGCCAGCCCUGUCCUAGGCCUGAAAGAAUGCACCCGAGGCUCGGCGGUGUGGUGCCAGAACGUGAAGACGGCAGCCAGCUGCGGGGCUGUGAAGCACUGCCUGCAGACCGUCUGGAACAAGCCGACUGUGAAAUCCCUUCCCUGCGACAUAUGCAAAGACGUCAUUACUGCUGCAGGUGACAUGCUGAAAGACAAUGCCACGGAGGAAGAGAUCCUCGUUUACUUGGAGAGGACCUGUGACUGGCUUCCUAAACCAAACCUGUCUGCCUCGUGCAAGGAGGUGGUUGACUCCUAUCUCCCAGUCAUCAUGGACAUGAUUAAAGGAGAGAUGCAGAGCCAUCCCGGGGAGGUGUGCUCCGCGCUCAGCCUCUGCGAGUCUCUUCAGAAGCACCUGGCAGAGCUGAAUCACCAGAAGCAGCUCGAGUCCAAUAAGAUCCCAGAGCUGGACAUGACCGAGGUGGUGGCUCCCUUCAUGGCUAACAUCCCGCUCCUCCUUUACCCUCAGGACGGCCCCCGCAGCAAGCCCCAGCCUCAGGCUGGUGGGGACGUUUGCCAGGAUUGCAUUCAGAUGGUGACUGACAUCCAGAGUGCUGUCAGGACCAACUCCACUUUUGUCGACUCCUUGGUGGAACAUGCCAAGGAGCAAUGUGACCGCCUGGGGCCUGGCAUAGCCGACAUGUGCAAGAACUACAUCAACCAGUAUUCUGAAAUUGCUGUCCAAAUGGUGAUGCAUAUGCAACCCAAGGAGAUUUGUGCGCUGGUGGGGUUCUGUGAUGAGGCGAAGGAAAUGCCUAUGCAGACUCUGAUCCCUGCCAAAGUGGCCACCGAGAACAUCAUCCCUGCCCUGGAACUGGUGGAGCCCAUUAAGAAAGACCUGGUCCAGGCCAAGGCCGACGUUUACUGCGAGGUGUGUGAAUACGUGGUGAAGGAGGUGGUCAAGCUGAUUGACAGCAACAGGACUGAGGAAGAGAUAAUCCAUGCUUUGGAUAAAGUGUGCUCAAAAUUGCCUGCGUCCUUGUCGGAAGAGUGCCAAGAGGUAGUGGACACAUACGGCAGUUCUAUCCUGUCGAUCCUGCUGCAGGAGGCGAGCCCUGAGCUGGUGUGCACCAUGCUCCACCUCUGCUCCAGCCAGGGGCUGCCUGCACUGACUGGUGAGCCCAGGGCCUGGUUGGGGAGAGCAUGGCGCCCCUCAUGGAUUGGGGAGGGCCUGCCAGUGCUGAUCCCUGUGCCCUCUUAUGUAGCUCACGUGACUCAGCUGCAGGAUGGUGGCUUUUGUGAGGUGUGCAAGAAGCUGGUUGGCUAUUUGGACCACAACCUGGAGAAAAACAGUACCAAGCAGGAGAUCCUGGCUGCCCUUGAGAAGGGCUGCAGCUUCCUGCCCGAACCUUACCAGAAGCAGUGUGAUCAGUUUGUGGCCGAGUAUGAGCCCGCGCUGAUAGAAAUCCUAGUGGAGGUGAUGGAGCCUUCCUUCGUGUGCUUGAAAAUUGGAGCCUGCCCGUCAGCCCAUAAGCCUCUUUUGGGAACUGAGAAGUGUGUCUGGGGCCCAAGUUAUUGGUGCCAGAACACGGAGACAGCAGCCCAGUGUAACGCUGUUGAGCAUUGCAAACGUCACGUGUGGAACUAGAAGAAAUUCCUGCAGAAAUCACAGCAUCUUUUCCUACUUUGUGUGUCUGGGAGAAUGAAUGUGCACAGAUCUGUUUGAUUUUAUUAUAAAACUAUGACCCCACCCCCCAGACCUCCCCCCAUCUUAUCUCCCUUACUGUAGCACUGCUGUCUGCGUGGGAGGUGCUAGCCCCUGCUGAUACAGCUGUUUUGUGUCCCUUUUCCCUCUGCUAGAAGGAUGACAACGUAAGGUGCACUGGAGGUCCUUUAGCCUGCCCUUGCAUAGUGCCUACUGGAGGAGGAGGAGGUGAAGGCGCUCGAGGAUGGCACAGGCCAGAGCUUGACAGGAGGCUGUCCAUCCUUCUGGCUGGGGCCUCCUGAGCACUAACAGGUGCUUGGGCUUUCGAGGCCUCCUACCCUAUGGAGGGACCCCCCCCAUUUCCUGGACCUGUUGGCCACUGUGCAAAGCAGCAAAAGGAAGGCAGUUUUAUGUGAAAGAGUAGAAUCUCAGAAUAAUUAGGCUUCUAAAAUAAUGGAAUUCCCACUGUAGUAGCAGAUUUUAGAAGCAGUGGCUGGUGGUUUGGGAUGUCAGUAGGGCAGAGGGUUCGCUGUUCCCAGGUCGACCCUUGAUAAAACUUUCCUUUGUCUUCACUUUGUGAUGCCCUGUUUGGAGUUCCGUGGGUUUGGGUGGGAAGGGGAAAAUCCACCUGAAUGUAAGCUGCUAGCUGUGUGUGGAGGUCCUGUGGCCUGGCUUCUGUGUGUGAGCGUGUGAGCAGUGGUGACCGCCUGCUGCCUGCGUGUGUCCGCCCAGCUGCUGAGGCCGCGCUUCGUGUCUGUGCACCCCCACCCCCAUUUCAUAGAUGCUCUUUUGACCUUUCCUUUCAAAUAAACGUGGAUGGUAAGCUCCUAAGCUUCCGGGUAGAGGGUAACAAGCUGAAGGGUCUGCUGGGUGUGGGAAGGGAUGCUGUCCCAUCUGGCCACCGAAGCUGCUGUUCCACUUCUGGUUGCCAGGAGACAGCAGGCAAAGCCAGCAGGACGUGCAGUUGCUAUUAAAUGGACUUACUGACUUUUGUUCAUUUUGCAUUAAAGUUUCUGUGACUUAACAAUAAAGUUCUGUUAACUAGA